CAGCCUCUACCCCUCACAGCACUUUACUCAACAAACCUGCUGCUUCGUCAUCUUAUCCACGCUUUCAGCACCAGCUUUAUCUCGACCAAAGAGGAAACCAAAGAUGUCCGGCAUCAUGAAGGUGUUGCUGCUCCUGGCCGUUGCAAUCUGCAUCUCUAAAGCUCAGCUGAAUGAACCAGGACAGAGCUGUCUUUGUCAGCGUGUCAGAAACGGCAUCUCCACAAGGUCUGACAUAAAGGACAUCCAGAUUUACCCAGCGACUAUUUUCUGUGACAAAGUGGAGAUUGUUGUGACCAGUGGAAGAGGUUUCCGCUACUGUCUGAACCCUGAACUGCAGGCUGUGAAAAGGAUGCUUACCAGAAUCAUGAAGACAAAGACCACCUUCAAACCCAACAGCACCACCUCAGGCAAUAGUCCCACAGCUCAGAUGUGAUUGAACCAGAACCUCGCCUCACCUCUAACCCCAAACGCACCUUCAAGAAAGGCUGCAAAAGCUUAAACAUGUUAAACUUUAUAAAUGUGUUUUAUUUAUGCAGAUGUGUGCAUGCAGCACAUCAGUAACAAAUGUUAUUUUUUGGUAAUCUAUAUUUGUUUUUAGUAAAACCUUUAUUCUAAUUAUUUUUAUUUUGUUAUCUUGUAUGUUUAUUUUUUUAAUAAAAAAAACAAGAAAUCAAA